AUGGUGCCGACCGGGUACAGCUGGCUCCUCCUCAGUGCAGCCUUCCUGAGUGCCGGGGCAGAGAUUUCCAUCACCCCGGAGCCUGCCCAGCCGGCCGAGGGGGACAACCUCACGCUGGCCGUUCGCGGUCUCCCCGGGGAGCUGCUCGCCUACAACUGGUACGCAGGGCCUACGCUCAGCCUGGCCUACCUGGUGGCCAGCUACAUCGUGAGCACGGGCGACGAGACCCCUGGCCCGGCCCACACGGGGCGGGAGGUCGUGCGCCCCGACGGCAGCCUGGACAUCCAGGGCGCCCUGAUGGGGCACUCGGGCACCUACAUCCUGCAGACCCUCAACAGGCAGUUUCAGACCGAGGUGGGCUACGGACACGUACAGGUCUAUGAGAUGCUGGCCCAACCGGUGGUCAUGGCCAACAGCACGGCGCUGGUGGAACACCGAGACACCCUCCACCUGCUAUGCAGCAGCCCCAGCCCCGUGGAGGUCCGCUGGUUCUUCAACGGCGGGGCCCUGCCCAUCGCCGUCCGUCUUGGCGUGUCCCCCGACGGCAGGGAGAUCACCCGGCGCGGCAUCCGCCGAGAGGAAGCCGGGGCCUACCAGUGUGAGGUCCGGAACCCGGUCAGUGUCAGCCGCAGCGAGCCCAUCAACCUGACCGUGUACUAUGGCCCAGAACGCGUGGCCAUCCUCCAAGAUUCCACCGCCCGUACGGGCUGCACCAUCAAAGUGGACUUCAACACGUCCCUCACCCUGUGGUGCGUGUCCCGGUCCUGCCCGGCGCCCGAGUACCUGUGGACCCUCAACGGGCGGGCCCUAAAGAAUGGCCAGGACCACCUCAACAUCACUAGCAUGACAGCCUCCCAGGAGGGCACGUACACGUGUAUUGUGAAGAACCCCAAGACCCUGCUCUCUGGAUCUGCCUCAGUGGUGGUCAAGCUUUCUGGCCAAGAUGGGGGCGGGUGCCGAGGUGUGCAGACCGUCACUCUGCAGGGCAAGACCGAGACGCUGGAGGUGGAGCUGCAGGUGGCCCUCGACCUCCCUCCCUCGCACGAGGACCAACGCCACGUUCCUGAACCCGAACCUGGCACAGGCUGA